UAUUAUUAUUGUUAUUUCUUUAAAAAUAUUACUUUGUAUUAAGUUUGAGUUAUGGCGCCAAAUUAUAGAAAAAAGAUUACCACCAGAGAUCUACCAGAUUGCCUUGGAGAAGACACUGUCAAGACCAUAGCACGCAUAGAAGCACAUCCCACUGUUGUGGGCAUCAUGUUCAUACGACAAAAUUCAGUGCAUAUUUGCACCGUGCCGGAAGCCAUGGCACAAACCAUGAUCACGAAGCUUCCUCAACUAAGUUCUGCUAUACAUCGAGCAAUAACGGAAAUAGAUAUCAACGAUGAAUUGAUAACAUACCGAAUCGAAACAAAGAUGAACGAAAUCUUGGUGGCCGCGGGAAAAGACUACACGGCGUGUGUUAUUCAUACAGUUAAGAAAAAUAAACAAAGAGGGAAUAAAAUAUAACAAGACGUUACUCAAUAACGUGGUUAGUUAGUAAAGGUUCACGAACUUGGCGACCAGUAAAGUUGUAAUAAACAAAAUAAGGGAUAAUGAAAAUUAUCAGUAACCUGUUAAAAGAUGCUCGAGAUGAGUGGUUGGUGAAUACGACUGUAACUAUAAAUAAAGUUAAUCCCAUAAUAGAUCGAAUUAUGGAAGAUGAAUCUGUAGAAGGAGUUAUUAUGACAAAUAAGGAAGGCGCUCCCAUAUUGACAAAUAUUAGUACAACCAGAGCCACCAACUAUGGAUUGGUACUCCAGAGCUUCGGGACUAUGGCCCAAAUAUACAUUAAAGAACUGGAUACUUUUGACGAAGUUCUUGUAGCCCGUAUCCAUACGAAGAAAUCUGAAAUUAUGAUGGCUCCACAUCCAGAAUUCACCAUUAUUGUGAUCCAGCACGCCAGACACAUACUUGAAGAGAAUAAGGAAAAUAAAUAUAAAUCGGUACAUCCCUAUACCGGAUACGCUUGUCAAAUUUUGCUGAUGCCGCGCGCGCCGGUGUCGCCGGCCGCCAUGUUUUAUUUAGCGUCGUUUGAUUGUUGA